AUGGAACCAUUAGAUCCGUACGAUAAUCCCAUAAAAUGUAUUUUUGUUUGCCACUUUCAUCACACCGCUGGACCAAAAAUUUUGUGUCAGGUACCAAAGAAUUUUAUGAGCAAGGAUACAUUUGAGACAGUCAGUGUUUACAUGAUACCAAAAGGCCAACUUCAAAAAUUUAUAAUUACAAUAACAACCAGGGACAACAAAAUUUUGGGUUAUCCGAUACAAAUUAAUGAUCAAAAAUAUCUUCGUAAUGCAUACUAUUUUAAUUUGUGCUUUGUUUGCGAUCAUAAUUCUCAUACACUACAUUAUGAACCCAUUGUAAAAAAAUUAUCUUCUUUUUUGUUAAACUUAGAAAUAGAAGAUAACUUUCUUUCUAAAAGUGACCAAUCUGAAAAGACUCAAGAAGAAUUAUUGUGUCUUAUGAGUAAAGUAAUGGAUGAUUUAAAUCUGUACAAAAGAUGUACCUUGAUAGCACGACAGUCCAUUAUUUAUUUAAAUGUAAUUGAAGUUUCCUGUAAUCCACCUACUCCAUUGGAUUUUGAUGUUCCAUUACCAGUAUCUGCAAUAGAUCUUUUAGAUGAACAGUGGGAUUUAACUACCAGACAAGUAGCUCCUUUUAUUGAUGGAGUAAAUCAUGUAUCCAAAAUUUCUAAACUUUCUAAAUUGGAUAUUGAAGUAGUUGCUGCAUGUAUUCAAAAUUUAGUUUAUUGUAAUGCUGUUUCUUUAGUAGACCUAUUUCGAUAUAGUAACAUGUAUGUAUGUACUACUAAAAUUGGACAACUUGCAAGGAAUAAAAGUCGUUAUGAUGAAGCAAUCAGUGCUAUAUCACGACCUAAUGGACCAAAAGCAACAUUUAAAGAUAUAUUCACUGUGUUCUCUGCAAUGAGACAAGGAUCACGAUUUAUUGAUGUCUGUUUAAGGUUUAAUCCAGUCUCAAUAAAUAUUGAUGAAAGAAAUUUAGUACUCUAUGGUCUUGCUAAUGGCUACAUUCGUCAGUUGAGAAAGUAUCCAGUGGUAUUAAAAGAAAAAGAUGUAGAAAAAACAUACAUGGGGAGCUACUAUAAUGGCCUAAACUCUCUCAAUAUAAUUAGCUGUUUUACAAAUACAGAUUUGUAUCAUUUGGACGAAGAAAUUGAAAGAGAUAUAAGAAUAGUAUCAGUAUGGAAAUAAUUUCACACUGUUAUAUUAUGUUUAAAAUAUAAAAUAUUUGAACAUGUUCAGUAUCAUUUAA